CUGCCGAGGUUCGCUCCCCACGCGUCCGAAAGGCAGGGCAACCGAGCCCUGCAACCCAGCUUUCCUCCCCUGUCCCGCCAGCCGCCCGGCACUGCUCUGGCGCCCGUCGGCCCCACUCCGUCCCCAUGGCUUCUCCGGACGACCCUGUGCGCACGGAUCAUUUGACAAAGGAGCCAGUGGAAGACACAGACCCUAGCACUAUAUCCCUUAAUAUGUCAGACAAAUAUCCCAUUCAAGACACGGGACUCCCUAAAGCAGAGGAGUGUGAUCCAAUUAGUUUGAACUGCCCAACAAAUUCUGAUGUGCAACACCAGGGAGAAGAAAAUGGCUUUCCAGACAGUACUGGAGAUCCCCUUUCAGAUAUAAGCAAGGACACGUCCUGCGCGGAAAACUGUACCUGUUCGUCCUGCUUGCUCCUGGCCCCCACCAUCAGCGACUUGCUCAAUGACCAGGACUUACUAGACGUGAUCAGGAUAAAGCUGGAUCCCUGUCACCCAACAGUCAAAAACUGGAGGAAUUUCGCAAGCAAGUGGGGCAUGCCCUACGAUGAACUGUGUUUCCUGGAGCAGCGGCCCCAGAGCCCCACCCUGGAGUUCUUACUCCGGAACAGUCAGAGGACGGUGGGCCAGCUGAUGGAGCUCUGCCGGCUCUACCACAGGGCCGAUGUGGAGAAGGUCCUGCGCAGGUGGGUGGACGAAGAAUGGCCCAGGAGGGGGCGUGGAGAGCACCCCAGGAACUUCUAGCCCUCAGCUCCUUCUCAUCGGCCUCUUCGGACCCUGAGCCGAGCACAGGUUAAGGGGCAAUGUGAAUCUGUUCUUUUUUAAGUUUAGGCGAAGGACGUGGCACAGCGGACCUUAGUUUUCCCCAAAGCUGGUGGUUUUGUGGAGGGUAGGGUAUGUUUUUGGUGGCGGAUUUUCCUUUAGUUUUGCACAUCUGUUUUUAUUUAAUAUUUGAAUCUGGAAUUGGGAAAAAUAUGUUGUAGGCUCCUAUAGGGACCAGGGCCAAAGCUACAGUCAGAGUGGAUUCAUGCCAUGAUGAAAAUAAAAGUAUCCUCUCCCUUAAAAACUGAAGACUGAACUCAGAACUAAAAGUCAUCAUCCACAAGAUCCUUUAUGAUUAAUGACACUCCCACAGCUUAGAAGGAAACCACAGAGAGAAGUUUCCCUUUAGUCUGUUACUCUUUUUGUUGUAAAGUACUUAGGUGAAUUCACAGGCUGCUGGCAUUGCGUGGUGAUACUCUUCAGGACACAUGCCAGCUUUCUUAUUCAAAUACUUGUAUAAUUUGGGCACUAUCAAAGAGGACUUUGCUUGAGUGUUUUUGAAAGAAAUGCAAAAACCGAUGGUGAUUGGGAGGACAGAGUCAGGAGUUAGCAGGGUAAUAAGGACCAUGGGAAAGGUGUUGACAAAGAGUAGGCCCGGGGCUUCCCUGGUGGCGCAGUGGUUG